CAGUCCAAAAUAGUUAAACGUCAACAGAUCAUUGAAAAUUUCGCGUAUCGGUUCUUGUUGUGUGAAAAUUAUUUCGCUGUUUUUCGGAAUUAUUUAACCGGAAUCGCCGACUAGUGGCCAGCCAGCUUCGUUUCCCAUGAACUAGACUUGCUAGGGCAUUUAUCGAAUCGUCCACUGUACCUGAAAACGAUGGUCAGCAGACGCCAGUGUAUGUUCGUACUGGCGGUGGUGCUGCUAGAAUGUUUGCUCUCGCCGGUAAGGGGCUUCUACGUGCCCGGUGUGGCCCCGGUUGAAUUUCGCAAGGGUCAGAAGAUAGACGUCAAGGCCGUGAAGAUGACCAGCACCCAUACACAGCUCCCGUACGAGUACUACUCGCUGCAGUUCUGCCUACCCAAAAAUGGAACGCUGGUGUACAAGAGCGAAAACUUGGGUGAAGUAUUGCGGGGAGAUCGCAUCGUUAACACUCCCUACGAGGUACGGAUGGCCGAGGAUGUACGCUGCAAGCUGCUGUGCAACAGCAAAGACCGACCGCUCAAUUGGGACCGGGAACAGUCCGAGAAGGUAGCCGAAAGGAUAAAACAUGAGUACUUUGUGCAUCUAAUUAUUGAUAAUUUGCCAGUGGCAACGAAGUUUGUCAACCCUGAUACCAAUGAGCUGCAAUUUGAACCGGGUUAUCGACUGGGACAAGCCGAAGGUAACAACGUUUACAUCAACAAUCACCUCAAGUUCCGGCUGUUUUAUCAUCUUCACAGCGAGAACCAGUAUCGCGUGGUAGGUUUCGAGGUGGAAACACUAUCGGUGAACAUGAAAGACAUCCGCUUCGAGGGCGAUAGUUGUACUUUCCAGGAUAAUCCACGCCCGCAGCCAGUUCUGCCCAAAAAUGAGCACAAUACUCAACUUUUCUUCACAUACUCAGUCGAAUGGCAAGAAUCUUCCGUCAAAUGGGCAUCUCGAUGGGAUAUCUACCUGGGUAUGAACGAUGUGCAGAUUCACUGGUUCAGCAUCAUAAAUUCGUUGGUUGUUGUGUUUUUCUUGUCUGGAAUUCUCACGAUGAUUAUGGUCCGUACGCUUCGCCGAGAUAUUGCCAAAUACAACACGGACGACAGCGUCAACAUUGAGGACACCCUCGAAGAAACCGGUUGGAAGUUGGUGCACGGAGACGUUUUCCGGCCACCCAGACAUCCUAGAUUGUUUGCAGCCAUCAUUGGAAGUGGAAUACAAAUCUUCUUCAUGGCACUGAUAACUAUUAUUAUCGCCAUGUUGGGAAUGCUGUCACCAUCUUCACGUGGCGCUCUGAUGACCGCAGGAAUAAUGCUGUACGUAUUCAUGGGUCUCAUAGCCGGUUAUUUCUCGGCACGUUUAUACAAAACGAUGAAGGGACGAAACUGGGAACGAGCAGCUUUUCUAACUGCAACGUUCUUCCCUGGCUUGGUCUUCGGAACCUGUUUCAUCUUGAACUUCUUCAUCUGGGACAAGGAUUCCAGUGGCGCCGUCCCAUUCGGAACAAUGUUGGCACUGCUUUGCCUCUGGUUUGGAAUUUCUCUCCCUCUGGUUUACCUCGGAUAUUAUUUUGGCUUCAGAAAGCAGGCAUAUCAACAUCCGGUGCGCACAAACAUGAUCCCUCGACAGAUUCCGCACCAACAUUGGUACAUGAAUAUGGGGUUGUGUGUGCUGAUGGCUGGAAUUUUGCCCUUUGGAGCCGUCUUCAUUGAGCUGUUUUUCAUUUUCUCAGCCAUUUGGCAAAAUCAGUUCUACUAUCUGUUUGGAUUCUUGUUCCUAGUGUUUUGUAUCCUGGUGGUCAGCUGCGGACAGAUUUCAAUCGUUAUGACCUACUUUCAAUUGUGUGCAGAGGACUACCGUUGGUGGUGGCGAAGUUUUAUCGUCUCUGGCGGUUCGGCAGCUUAUAUUCUAUUUUAUAGCAUAUUCUACUUCUUCACCAAACUAGACAUUACGGAAUUUAUUCCUACUUUGCUAUAUUUAGGUUACACAGGCUUGAUGGUGAUUACAUUCUACGUCCUAACAGGAACAAUCGGAUUCUUUGCUGCGUACAGUUUCAUUCGAAAAAUUUACGGAGCCGUGAAAAUCGACUAAACAGUAACAAAUAACGAAUAUCAAUCCGCAGUAGGUUCCACUAACUUGAAAUGCGUGUUACAUAAAAAGUGACCAACGAUUUAAGUAAAUUAAGUCGUCGCUUGAGAUGGGUGAGUGCGAAUUUAGCGCGUCUAGGAAACUGUAAAGUGUGCAAUGCUUAGCUUCGUCGUACCGGUUUAACAAAAAACUAAAAUGCAAGUGUGAAUAUAACCCGGACGGAAACCGUUUUAAUACUUUUCUCGCAGAAUCACUGCUCGUGUAGGCAAGUAAUUUAUUUAUGGUAUCUGUGUUGUAACACUAUUAGCUAGAAUGAUCGAGGAUUUCGACGAGAACGAAUACAAGAGUUUUAUGCGUGAUUGAGGGUAAAUGAAUCGAGGGUACAUGAGAUGUGAUAUGUGAAACAUUAAUCGUACAGUAGAACGGUAAGAACUCAAAAUUGGACAAAUGCAGCAAAUUUAGGAACUAACUCGAGAAUUGCCACACUGGUAAACUGUGUCUCAUGAGAAUAUGUUCAAAAUAAAAAAAAAACAUGAA